AUGUUCUAUUAUCUUACUGUUGCUAUAGCCAUCGUAUCGUUUGUACCGUUUUCCUACUGUUUUUGUAUAUACAAUUUUUACACUGAUGGGACUCUAGUGGAUGUUAAACAAGAGUCCGAGGUAUGGGCCUUUGCAGAGCCUUUUUCGGUUGAAGGUUUACAACCCGGGGAUAGUGCCUGUUGUCAUUAUACUAACAAGGACUGUAAUCUUCAUGGAGAGCAAACUGCGAUGGUCACUUUUGGAGUAGGCUAUCAAAAUCGAUUUAAAUAUAGCAAAAUCAAACUAAGACCAGCAGAAGGCUAUGGACAAAUGUACAGGGUAGACACAUCCGCAGGCGGAACGAUUCAAUUCACUGGAGACAUGAAUAAUAAUAGUAUAGCCGCCUACAGCUAUGACAACACAUUCUUAUCUUCGAAUCCUAGACCAAUUAUUGUUGAGUAUAUAGCCUAG